GGCUAGCACUGUUGAUGAGGGGCACGGCGCUUCGAGAUCACAUCGUAUAGCCGCCGCAGUAUCGCACAGCAGAGGCAUAUCUCGGCCUCCUCUCUUUUUACCAUCAUCCUGCCUUCCUCUCGUUUUUCUUUUUCUAUUUUGCUCCCAUGGACUUCCCGCAAAGACCAGGCCAACCACUCCUACAGCCCGCGCCAGCACGCGUGCUCGUCCAGACACUGACACACCUGCUUCCCUCGGAUGGAAAGAUAUAUAAGCCAGAGCGGAAUCCUGGUGGCGAUAAGCUCUACUCCAUGCUGCACCGAAUUUGCCGACACGUCUGGAGUCACUCAUACGACUCCGACUUCUUUCGGUGGUACGGGUACGGCGACGACCAGCUCGGCUACAACAACAGGCCUUGUUUUUUCCUCAUUGACCAUGGCGAAACCGAUAAUGAAGCCGAUGUCCCCGUGCUUCCGUUUCAAUGGACCGGCGAGGAGUUUAAGCCCAUGCCCGACUUAUUGCAAUCACCGGAUGUACAGGAGGAACUGAGGGCUACGCCAUUUAUGACACCCCCGCCAUCUUCAGAGCCUUCUAAGCCGUACCCUGUGCGGAAAAUGGUGAGGAAUAUGCUACGGAGCGUUGAGCGAGUUCCGGAUUGGCAUCUCCAGUACAUCACGGAGCAUCCCGAAGAUAUGGAGUGGUUGAAGAGGAAGUUGAGGCCUAGAUUCUACGAGAAUCUGCUCGCCCAGAUUGAAGCGCGACCGAGAGAGAAAGAAGAAGAUGCGAAGGAGGCCUCGGAUCCUGUGUAGAAAUAUCUUAGAACUCUACUACCACCCUAUAAACGAAAUACCAACAUCGGCAAAGCAUAGAUAACCACCAAAUCAAAACAGGACAGUAAUAGCAAACAUAUAGCAAGACUAUACUAAGUAUCCAGCACAAACCAGCGCCAUUCCUAACAAAUACUUCAACCCCCUGAUGUGCCAUCCCACCGCCAGCACUGGGAAGUCAGUCACUAGCGCCGGCACGGACAUCGUCCAGCCGGGACCUUGCACUUCCCAUAUCCAUUACACUCCGCGCAGCUAAGCUCAGUGUAAGCCACAUUGUGCCCGGAGCCCCCACAUUCAAGGCACCGCUCCAUCCUAUACGCAUCACCGGUUCCCCCGCACAGGACGCAGCUUGGCUCCGGCCUUCUGGUGCGACCCCUGCCAACGGACUUAUCGCUGUUGGCGCUGCUGCUGCUACUGCUGCUGCAGCGGCUGGAGGCGCGGUUUCGGGACCAAGGCAUCG